GGGCCCGGCCCGGCUGUCACUCAGGACGGGUGUGAAUGCGGCUGCAGCGGGCGGGCUGCGGGCAGCGGACAGAGGCGGCGGGGCAGCCGGGCACCAUGCAGCCGGCAGCGGGCAGGCUGCCCCUCACCACCACCCUCACCAUCACCAUCACCAUCUGUAUCUGCAUGGCGUCGCCGGGGCUCGGGCAGGAAAACGGCACGGCGGACUGGAACAGCACCGAGGGAUACGGCAGCGCCAGCGGCAGCAGCACCGGCACUAGCAGCAGCAGCACCGAUGCCCAGCUGCUGCCCACGGCCACUGCCAGCACCACUGCCAAUGCUACAGCUGUGAUACCCACCACCGCCAGCGCUGCCCCCAACACCGGCUCGACUGCCGAGCCCGUGCAAGCGCUCCGGUGUAACUGCAGCGUGGUGGGGAGCGUCAAUGAAACGACAUGCAACGCGUCGUCGGGACAGUGCGAGUGUCUCGCCGGGUACUCUGGCCUGCGGUGCGGUGACUGUGCAGAGGAGUUUUACCACGAUGGCACCAGUGGACUGUGCACCGCGUGCGAAUGCCACGACCUAGGAGCAACAAGCGCCCAGUGUACCAGCACUGGAAGAUGCAGCUGCAAACCAGGGGUGACCGGCCUCAAAUGUAGCAGUUGUCAGGUCCUGCAUUAUGAGCUCAGUGAAACUGGAUGCCGUCCCUGCCAGUGUAACGGCCUGGCCCUGGCCUGCGACCAACAGACAGGGUUCUGCUGGAACUGCACUGGAAACACGAAGGGACAUCACUGCGAGAAUUGCACGGAGACUUUUUACAGGAAACCCCAGGUUGGCUUGACAGCUGAGUGUGAGCGCUGCCCUUGCUCAGUGGUGACAUCUAGUGGAAGCUGCCACUUAGUGCUGGGCGAGGCGGUGUGUGACGGGUGCCUGCUGGGCUACUUUGGGACGCACUGCGAUGAGUGUGCGGACGGCUACCACAACUCGGACAGCAUCUGCGUGCGCUGCCACUGCAGCGGCAACAGUGACCCGCAGAGCAAACUGCCCAUCUGCGACUCCGAAUCGGGCCGCUGCCUCAGCUGCAGCGCCAACACCACCGGCUUCAACUGCGACCAGUGCGCCGAGGGUUACCGCGGCGACGCAGCGGCACACAACUGCAGCCUGGAGUUAACCACAGUGCUUCCCACGAGCUCCACGGAGACGGGUAGCAGCACCAGCCCGCCGGUCACCGCGGUGACAAACAGCAGCGAGCAGCCGGUACAGCUGACGGCACAGAGCACGGUCCAGAGCCGAGAGAGCACGGCAGCCCCGGCAGCCCCGGAAAUCUCCUGGACCCGCUUCAACAUCGUGGUGCUGGUGGUCAUCAUUGCCGUGGUGGUCCUCCUCAUGGGCUUCGUGGCGGGCGUCUACGUUUACCGCGAGUACCGCAACCGAAAGCUCAACGCCCCCUUCUGGACCAUCGAGCUGAAGGAAGACAACAUCAGUUUCAGCAGUUACCACGACAGCAUCCCCAACGCCGACGUGUCGGGCCUGCUGGAGGACGACGGCAACGAGGUGGUCCCCAACGGACAGCUGACUCUCUCGGCCCCCAUCACCUCCUCCUACAAGAUAUAAAGCCAAGUUACGCGGGCCACGACAAGUGUGUAGGACCGGAGGGCGGACUGACUGCACCCCGUUGGUAUAUUGCACCAGCCGCGCGCUCUGUGACAUGAGAGCAGUGCAGAGAUGGUGCGAGGCUUCACCGAGCUGAAUGACGCCCCCACCCCACCCCCACCCCAGACGGAAGCCCGCAGCAAAUGAAUGGGGUCCUGCUUACACCAUUCACUGGUGUAAAAACACCCCCAAAAAUGAGUUUCUAUUUUUGUACAAAGCUAAGAUUCAAUGAUGUCCAGGUUCAAGCCGUCUCCCAGUGCGGAGAUGAGGGACCAUUAAUCAAUGGACAUCCCCUUCCCAGGACAGCAAGCAGGUCUCGGGCAUUGCAAUGCAACUGGAAAGACUUCAAAUUCCUGUAAGGAAAUAAUUUUAUAAAGACUAUGACUGGAAUGUACAUUGAGGGCAAAGAUUUCACAAGAUGAGAAGCUCUUGUAUUUUUUGUUUGUUUGUAAACUACAGACAGUUUCUAAUGAUUGCUGAGGGGAAAAUGGCAAUAAUCGUGUUUACGGCCGAUGUGCUUCCAGUAUUGAAUGCAUUGGGUCACGCAAGUGUGGUCCAGCCUCCUGCCCCACUCACAGUGAACGUGGGAAGGAACUGCAGAUGCUGGUUUGCACCGAAGAUAGACACAAGGUGCUGGAGUAACGCAGCGGGUCAGGCAGCAUCUCUGGAGGCAAAGGAUGGGUGAUGUUUCGGGCCGGGGCCCUUCAUCAGUGUCUUAUCUCCGGGAGAGGAGGAGCUAUUGCUGAAUCCCAAGGCUAAUGCUGAAUGAAUGGACGCUUUUAACAGGCUCACACCUGGUGAGGCCAGCUAUCCAACUAACAGUAGAUUCCUUAGCAAGAGCUAAGAUCCAGGAAUGCCGAUUAUAAACAGAAGCCUUAAAAAGUCCCCCUAACACGAGAGUUGUAAGCACAGAUAGGGCCACAAAAUACUUUGGUGCAAUUGAAUUUGCUGCAAAGAAACCUACAAGCUAGUCUCCUGAACAGUUUCUUUGAGUUAACAUAUGAAGAAGACCUUUCUCAAGCAGCAGCACACUGUUCAAAUACUCAUGUCACAUUCAGUCCCAUUCCCUAUCACUAGCCCCUGCGCCAGUCGUAAAUCAAAGGUGGAACACGUGCAGGAAAGAACUGGAGAUGUUGGUUUAAAGCGAAGAUAGACACAAAAUGCUGGACUAACUCAGCGGGACAGGCAGCAUCUCUGGAGAGAAGGAACGGGUGACGUUUUGGGGUCGAGGCCCUUCCUCAGACGAAGGUGGAACACGGUCUGGGUGUGAGUAUUCACGCUGCAGCCCGUUUCCUAUCAGUCUGCCGGCACAAAAUGAAGGGAGUAUUCUCCCGACCGAGCCUCGGCGGGAAGAAGUGAUGGAGCGGAGAUGCUCUGUCCUGAGGUUGUGCACAAGGAGAAUGUGGUCAAAGGCCCCGUGUGGGCAGCGCUAACCCACGGCCCUGCCCCUCUAAGACUAUGUUGUAGGCCCCUCACUAUCUGCACAGGUUCACGGGUACCCACAGCAUUGAGGUGACUGUCGCGGCCAACAGAACGUUUAGCGAUUCCAAUUUCCCACCUUUCGUUUGGUGUUCCCUUGGGAACCGACACCUCCGGUUUGUUUGCUUCCUCCUCUCUGCUGAGGCCCGGAGGUCUGGCCACCUCUCACUGCUGACGUUGGAGCCCACGUUUUCCGUCGGAUGCCCCGCGCACGUGAAGAGCGAUAGGUCCCGUCAGUGGGUGAGCACGGACCAUUCACUGUGGUAACGAUGUCAUCGGUGGUCUUCUCAAUGGCUGGCGUUGACAUUGUCUGGUGGUUUCUGCCCAUGCUCUUUAAAGAUGCGUUCUCCCCAGAGCUGGUUUAGAUCCGGUGGUUUUGGCCAUGUCCACUUGUAAUCCUUACACUGCAGAUAUGGCCCAGCUGGUAGAGCCCCUGCCUCACAGCACCAGAGUCCCUGGGUUCAAUCCUGACCUCUGGUUGUGUCCGUGUCAUGUUUUCCAUGUUCCCCGGUUUCCUCCUACCACCCAAUGACAUGUUGGCUAAUUGACCUCAAUAAGUUGCUCCUAAUAUGUAGGAAGUAGAUAUGAGAGUGGUAUAUCAUAGAGCACGCGCAGUGGGUGACCGGUGGUUGGCGUGGUCUCGAAGGGUCUCUUUCCUUGAUGUUUCAAUCAGUUCAUUCAAUGAAUGUUUCCGUUGAGCUUUCAGAACCCACAGGGUGAUCGCCAGGUGGUUUCCUGCCCCACACAACCUGGCCUCAGAAGUUAGAGGCAUCACAGCUUCCUCACAUUGUGGCUGGAUUUUUUUCCACCCCUCUCUCCACCACCACCAGCCUUCAGGGGCGUUAGGCUCUCAGGGUAACGUCCCUCGGCUCCCCUCCCCGCACGGUGCCUCCACACGCACCUCUUCUGAUCACCGCGCCCCACACAGGCCACGCCACCCAGCGGGUGCCCGUACACACCUCCACCACAUGCCCAGCCCCACGUGAGACUGCUCGCCCCGUAACGUUGUUCCCUUCAGGUCAUUCUCCAGUCCCCAUCAACUCUGUUCCCAACAACCACUCAAGCACAGACACUCACUCACCAAAUAAAUCUCCUCGUUCUCCCCUCACUCCAGGUGCCACUGGGAACGGUUUCAUGUUCAGAAGUUCGAGGAACAAAAUUAGGCCAUUCGGCCCAUCAAGUCUACUCCGCCAUUCAAUCAUGGCUGAUCUAUCUUUUCCUCUCAACCCCAUUCUCUUGCCUUCUCCAUAAUUAAAACUCUCCCAGACUUUAAAAACCCUCAUUAAAUCCCUCCAUCCUUCUCUCCUGUGACUGGAAGAAAGCCAUUCUCUCCAAUCUCACCACAGGAUGAGGCAGCACGCUGUUGGUAUUUCAGAAACAACAAGCAGGCAAAUCUCCGUCUUACAAACCCUCCUUGAGGUUAGACUCGGCCUUCUCUGCCAUCUCCCCAUCCCAGUGAAACGGACCAACCUUCAGCCUUCUGUCUCCCACAGACCUCUGCUUCAGUUGGCCAAUGGUGCCGAUGUGAAUGGAGGUGAAGAACAUGAAGGACAUUCAGGCUACUCGGAUCUCUGGCACCCUCGCUCCCUUGGAGUGGAAGGACCAACCUGCAUUUCUAUAGCACCUUUCACAUCUCCAGGGCAGCCCAACGCCCAUUAAAACACCAAAAGUAUUUUUUUUUAAAGUGUGGUCAGUGUUAGAAAAGAAGAUGGACACAAAGUGCUGGAGUAACUCGGCAGGUCAGGCAGCAGCUCUGCAGAAAAGGAAUAGGUGACAUUUCUGAUCGGAACCCUUAUUCAGACUCAAUUCUUCAGAUUCAGGGUCUGAGGAAGGGUUCCGACCCGAAACGUCACCUAUCCAUUUUCUCCAGAGUUGCUGCCUGACCCGCUGAGUUCUGCGGUUUCUUCCUCAACAUUUAGAAAAUGCGAUGUUGAGGUUGGAGAGGGAACAUUGAUAUGGAACUGGAGAAACUCAGCGGGUGCAGCAGCAUCUAUGGAGCGAAGGAAAUAGGCAACGUUUCG